AUGGGUGAAAAAAUCCAUGAUACAUUUUUACAUUUAUUUUGUGAAAAAAAUUCUGAUGGCACUAAACAUUUGAGACUGAAAGGAAAUGAUCUUUUUCAGCGAAUUGGGACUCGACUGAAAUAUUAUGACAUGUAUAAGAUUGCCGAUUUUUUGAGUAAUCAUGAUGAAAUUGUUAAUGUGGAUAUAUGUUAUAACGAUAUAGGAGAUAAGGGUGUCAAAAUUCUAGCAGAUCACUAUCUCAAUAAACCCAAUAAUUUACAAUAUUUGAAUUUGAUGCACUGCGAUAUUCACGCUGAGGGCAUGCAAGCAAUUUCCUCGGGUUGGUUACUGAAUUUGAGAAGUUGUAGAGUCAAUGGAAAUAAAUUAGGUGCUAUGGGAGCUCGUUUUAUAGCAAGUUUAAUCAUAAAUUGCCCUAAGCUAGUUCAUGUUGAUAUUGCUGACACUGAUCAGAGUUUAGAGAGCAUUGAAUCCAUCCUCAUUGUUAUUGAACGAAGUACUUUGGAGGUAUUGGAUAUGUCGAGGAUUAUACCCAAUUCCUACUAUACUAGAUAUAACGUGGCCACAUUGGCAGACGAUUUAGGAGCAGUAUUAGAGGCUAAUGAAACACUGGUGGAGCUGCAUGUGCAGAAAUGUGAGUUUGAUGGUCACGACGUAGAAAUACUGCUACACCGAUUAAGAAACAAUAAGAAAUUGGAAAUGCUCGAUUUGGGAUGUAAUCGUGUCAGUGAUCUUGGUGUACAGUUCAUUGCAAAAUGGUUACGAAUAAGGCCGCCACUUCGCGCUCUAAAUGUGUCUGCAAACACCAUUAAAAACUUUGGCGCUAGAGCACUUGGUUUUUGUUUACCAUUUUCAAAAAUAAGAUACCUUGAUAUCAGUAAUAACAAAAUUGGAGACGAAGGAAUGACAAGUCUUCUAGAGAGUAUAAAAAAGUUUUGCCAAAUAAGAUUGCUCUACAUAUGGGGUAAUACCAUAGGAAAGACCUGUUGCAAGAGGAUAGAACGCAUGAUCGCAUCGAAAGUUCUCAACCAAGAAUACAUUGACGUGAAAAUUUGCAAUGUUGACGGUAAACUGUCUCCUGCAUUCUAUCCAGCAAAUCACUACAAACACAAAUAUUACUGUGUUAUGGAUCACGGCUGCCCAGUGGAACUGAAAAUAAAACGGAAUAAAGUUCCACAUCCCGAUGCUCUACCAAGAAGACUAAUAAAUAUGCCUCACGUAGAGAGGUAUCCUCCCGUAAACGAAGAACUGGGUUUGAAGGUGGUCCGAAAGAAAAAAUGCCCCGAGGAUGAAUAA